AUGGUCUUUUCGUAUUCGUAUAACCCGGAAGAUGACCCCGGGACGUUCAGCAUAGCAGCAUCUUUUCAACCGGCGAGACCUGCAGCCAACUCAAUGCUUGGCACAAGUGCUCCCCCACAACACCAAGAUCCCACGGCUCGAUCCUCCGAGCUCACUGCCACGCCAACGUACCUGAACCCCUCGAUGCAAUGGCAUACGGCCCCCCUCGGCACGGCGCUCUCUCCCGGCGCGGUGCCCUACCUUGUUGACCCAUGGGGGACCCAUACGCAUCCUUCGCUGCACACACUCGCCAGCGGCCCCAGCGGCCAAAGCAUCAACACCAUUCCGGCUGUCGUUGAAACCAGACGAAGAGUACGCGAUCAAAUCUCUUUUCCUACUCAAACCGGGGCCAGCGGCAGUGGUAGCAGCAACAUCUUCAAAGAAGCCAUGCCUGAGCCACCCACCUCUCGCAUUCUCACCAGUAGCGGGGCGCCGGUCCAGGUAUUUUUGCCCAUUUUCCGUCGUCUUCUGAUAAAAGAGACUGAUGAGACCCGGGAUUGUCCCAGCCGCCCGGCCUUCAACAGAGAGGCCGACCUCUGGCGGCACAUCCGGUACACCCACCUUGCUCCUGGGUCGUAUGUGUGUCUCUUCCCCAAAUGCGGCCGGUUGUUUAACCGUCAUGAUGAUUUGCUGGAGCACCGACAACACCCGGCCGAACUGAGUUGGUAUAGCUCGGAUUUGAGCGGAGAGAAGAGUGGCCUGGACCUUUUCGUUUCUGUGAUCUUGAUCUCGGCAGACUUUUGA